AACAACAACACCACCUCCAACAACAACAACAACAACAACAACAACAACAACAACAACAACAACAACAACAACAACAUCACCAGCAAACUCAUUUUAACCCGAUGGAAUCUUUCCAAAUUCAACCGCAGCAGAUUCAGUCCCAACAGAUUCAGCCACCACAACAGGCAUUCGUCGACGCACAGGCUGCUAGCCCCGGGCAGCCAUUUGGCUCGAGAAGUGGAGUCAACGUUCCUCCGUCUGCACAUGGAUCGAUUUUGGAUCAGGCCCUGGGUGUUAACCCGUCACAACCUAUACCAAAGGUCAAUUACGGUGCAAAUGCUAAUGCUAAUAGCAUCAUUCCAAACAAUGGUCCAGCAGUCGUUCCGAUUGGUCAACCCCAGGCAAAUCCUUGGGCUCCAAGUGCUUGGGUUGAUCCUAUUCCUGGUGGUCCACAAUCUCCAGGAUCAGCUGGACCACCAGCUGGUAGCAUGCCAAUGCAGUCACAGCACUCCCCUUUCAACCCAUUUGGAGCACAAAAUCCGUUCCAACAGCCUGAAGUACAUGCAGUACCUCGGCAAGAGUUCAUGCAGACGCCAACCAAGGUCGCCAAAGCUCCAGGCUUCCGCGGCAGAGUCCAGAGUACGGCUUCAGUUUUGCAAGCUGGUCACCAGCAAAUGCACGCAAAGGCUUUCGUUAGACCACCGCCAACAACUCUGCCCCCAGUUACGAAAGCUGCGAACUUCUGGAAUCAGCAAGUGGUCACGCAGCAGGUACCGACUACAAUUGUUACACAACUGACGUACAGACCGACCACUUUCGCCCCACCAGUCACCAAGGCUCCUUCAAUGCCUUCCCGAUGGGCAGCUAUGGGGCCGCAAUCAAUGCCACCCAGACAACCCACAGCACCUGUCACAAAAUUAUUCAAACCUGCUCCAUCUGCUAAGCCAAAGCCAAAGCCUCGACCUAAACCUAAGGCUAAGGCAAAGAAAGCAAAAUCCAAAAGGAGACAAAGGAAACGGUAUGGCUUCUCAAAAUUACUUGCAGGAUAUGGGCCAAGGCUGAACGUGGCAGGCUAAACGUUGCUUAGUUACGCGGGGAAAUAUUGAAGACGCCAUUUUGAAUGUGGUAGGAGGUCCUCUCCUUAUUGAAGUGGGAAAUUAUCACGUACCAGUUCCAACGGCAAUAAGUAGGAUAAAUCAAUUACAAUUCGGACUUAGCUAAAAAAACAGUGUUUACAUCAGGCAAUACAAACUGUAACACGCAAACUUGAUAUGGUGGCUACGACUAAGUCGUGGAAAUCAUGCACAGUUGCAUUUUUCUAAAUAAGAAUUGUAUGUACUGUUCGAUAUGAUAAUCUUCAAAGGAUGUUAUUAAUAUUUGACAACUUUGUUAAAGCGCGAAAAUGUUAUAUUUAUAAAAAAUGGCUAAUUGCACCUUUGUAUUAAAUGGAUCAAUUAAUUAUUCCCGAAACACAUUAAAAUCUGCUACGGCAGCAUAAUUAUGUAUCAUGUUCAUGAUUUACCUCUGUUCCUUAGGACAAUCAUUCUACUGUAUCUUUCAUGAAUACUCUUGUCAACAACUUGCUACAUGAUAGUUAUCGAGGUGUUAGAAGUUGAUCCUCUUGGAAUUCAUGAUCCUAGAAAGGACUCACUAAUGGCGAGGUCAGGGGAAGAGAGAUGGCAACCUGUUUGCUGCAGAUCUUACGUGUUUCUACUCGACAGAGGGCUGAAAACCGAGAGUCGGUUAAAAUGGACAAGUUAUAUAAACUUGUUUCCGGAUUCCGGUCGCCAUUCUGGCAAUUACCACAGACAAAGUGAUGAAUCAAAUCAUAUAUCAUUUGUACAAAUCUCCUUUGUUCAUUAAUAUCGUCAUUCAAUUUAUCAAUUUUGUCAGGAUUAAAGCAACCUGUGGUUCGUGUAAAUAAACUUAUGCAAAAUAUA